GUAGAAAUAUAUACCUUCGUUUCUAACUGAGAGUAUACAAAUUUUUGGAAUCCUGAGCCUUGAGAAUUGCAGAGAAAGAAGAGAGAAUUGAUUUCGAUGGCAGAGAGUUCUUCAUCAUUCGCUGGGUCCGCUUCUCCCACCAGGUACGAUGUGUUUCUGAACUUCAGAGGGGAAGACACUCGUGAGAACUUCAUUAGUCACCUUUAUGCAGCGCUGGAGAGGAAGCACAUUGAAACAUAUAUUGAUUACAGACUACAAAGGGGCGAAGAAAUUUCACCUGCACUGCAAACUGCAAUAGAAGAAUCAAAGAUCUAUGUCCUGGUUUUCUCCGAAAACUAUGCAUCUUCGACGUGGUGCCUGAAUGAGCUCACUAAGAUACUGGACUGCAAGAAGAGAUAUGGAAGGGAUGUGAUACCCAUUUUCUACAAGGUGAAUCCAUCAACUGUCAGGAAGCACGAAGAGAGAUACAAAGAUGCAUUCGAAGAGCAUGAACUGCGGUUUAAGGAAAACAUGGACAAAGUGCAAGAAUGGAAAGAUGCUCUAACCGAAGCUGCUGGCUUCUCAGGAUGGGAUUCAAACGUUAUCAGGUCAGAAAACUCACUUGUUGAAAAAAUUGUGGAAGACAUUUUGGAAAAAUUGGAUCUUUAUUCCAUUAGUUCUGAUCGAGGAAUCAUCGGCGUUGAAAAACAAAUUGAAAGCAUUCGGUUAUUGAUGCAUUUUGAGUCAUCAGAUAUCCGGAUCAUAGGAAUUUGUGGCAUGGGAGGAAUAGGAAAAACUACAAUUUCUCAACAAAUAUAUCACACAUUUGCAAAGCAAUUUGAUUCCAGAAGCCUUGUUUUAGACACUAAAAAAAAAAUAGAAAGAGAUGGAAUAGACACUGUUAGAGAAAAAUAUAUGUCUGAGCUUCUAAAUGAAGUACCAUCCCCUAGUUUAUUAUACUACAGUGAAAGACUCAAACGAAUAAGGAUUCUCAUCAUUCUUGAUGAUGUUACCGAUUCACUACAACUUAAACAAUUGCUAGGAAGGCAUGAUAGUUUUGGACAAGGCAGUAGAAUCAUUAUAACCAGCAGAGACAGACAAGUGUUAAAGAAUGCUGGAGCAUAUGACAUCUACGAAGUUAAGGAGUUGAAUUUUCCUGAUUCUCUAAAACUUUUUAGUUUACAUGCUUUCAAACAAAACUCUUCACAAGAAACAACGUACAUGGACUUGGUAGAAGAGGUGUUGAGAUAUGCAAAAGGAAUUCCAUUAGUUCUCCAAAUUUUGGGCUCAUUAAUUUAUGGCAGAACAAGAGAAGCAUGGGAAAGUCAGUUACAAAAGUUGGAAACAUGCCAACAUCUUAAAAUUUUUAAUGUAUUAAAAUUAAGUUAUGAUGGGCUUGAUGACGAGGAGAAGAACAUAUUUCUUGACAUCGCUUGCUUUUAUAGGAGAGUCAAGGAGAGUGUGGUAGUAGAAAUACUAGACGACUGUGGUUUUUCCUCUAAGAUUGGAAUGGAUGUUCUAAAAGAUAGAUGUCUAAUAUCUAUCUUGGAUGGUAGAAUUGAAAUGCACGAUCUCAUACAAGAAAUGGGUCAAGAAAUUGUUCGUAAAGAGUGUUCUCAAUAUCCAAGAAAACGCAGUCGAUUGUUCAAGGCUGACGAAAUUCAUGAGGUUUUAGAAAAGAGCAAAGGUGUGCCCUUAAACUUUCAAAGUCUCAAGAAGUUCUGUUUCAUAGAUCUCUCAAACUGUUCUUCCCUUACAAUAUUUCCAUUUGACCUUUCUGAGAUGAAAUUCCUAAAGAAACUUUGUCUCCGUGGUUGCUCAAAAUUGGAAAAUUUCCCCGAGAUUGAGGACACGAUGGAAAAUUUAGCGGUUCUAAUCUUAGACCACACAGCCAUACAGGCACUACCUUCAUCCUUGUGGCGUUUGGUAGGGCUUCAACAACUGAGUUUGCGAGGUUGCAAGAAUCUUGAGAUUAUUCCAUCUUCCAUUGGAAGCCUCAUCAGACUAUGCAAGUUAGACAUUACCUACUGUGAAUCACUUCAAACUUUUCCAAGCACCAUUUUCAAAUUGAAGUUGAGGAUACUUGAUUUGUGUGGAUGUUUAAGGUUGAGGACCUUCCCAGAGAUCACGGAGCAGACACAAACUUUUUCUCACAUUAACUUAAAAGAAACGGCUAUCAAAGAACUGCCUUCCUCAUUUGGCAAUUUGGUUAAUCUUCGAUCCCUGCAGCUCAACAAAUGCACUGAUCUCGAAUCACUCCCAAACUCCAUUGUUAAUCUAAAGCAUCUCUGUAAACUUGAUUGUUCGGGGUGUGCCAAAUUAACAGAAAUCCCAACACACAUUGGUAGCCUGUCGUCAUUAAUGGAACUGUCACUGAGUGAGAGCGGAAUCGUGAACCUUCCUGAAAGCAUUGCUCAUCUUUCAAGCUUGAAAUCACUUGAUUUAAGUGGCUGCAAAAAUCUUGAAUGCAUCCCACAGAUUCCACCGUUUCUAAAACAACUGGUGGCAUUGGAUUGCCCAUCCAUUAGACGAGUGAUGUCAAAUCGAAACCUCUCAGAUUCCAAAGAGGGUGUCUUCAAAUUUCAUUUCACCAAUGCCCAACAACUGGAUUCAGGUGCUCGUGCUAACAUUGAGGAGGAUGCAAGGCUCAGGAUGACCGAGGAUGCAUAUAGGUCUGUGUUCUUCUGUUUUCCAGGGACUGCAGUUCCUCAUUGGUUCCCUUUUCGCAGCGAAGGAUCUUCAGUGACUAUAAAUGAAGAUUUACGUUUCUGCAGCGAUGACAGGCUCAUUGGAUUCGCUUUGUGUGUGGUUUUGGGAGUCUUAGAUACGAAUGAUAUUAAUGGUAGAUACGGUUCUUUUCGUUACAGUCUAAAAUUUAAAUCUGAUGAUGAUGAUACACAGAUUAUUCCAAAUAAUGAUGCUCUAAACAACUAUUUCAAAUGGAAUUAUAAAGACAGAGUUGCCAAUCAAGAUCACGCGUUCAUGUGGAAAUUUAACUUGGAGUCUCUGAGGAGGAGCGGCAUGAGCCUUAGACUCCGUGAUGCUCGCAGCUUCACUUUUGAGAUUAGUCCAUUGGAUUCUAGCUUUCAGCGAGACUACAGAUCAAUUGUGAGAGAGUUAAAAUCAGUUGUCACAAUAAAAGGAUGCGGCGUAUGCCCUCUGUAUAGAAGCGGAAGCAAUGUUGCAGAGUCUUCAAGGGAAAAAAAGGGAAGAUAGGAAGAGGAAGGCCGAAAGCUACCUAAUCAGCUAGUUUCUUGUUC